ACAUGAUUUAUGGCAAUCACACGUUGACUUGUUUCCUUUCGAGCAUUCUCUACGAGCUCUCCAAGCAUGCGGAAAUCCAAGAGAGGUUAUACGAAGAGGUCUCAAGUAUUAUUGAAGAUGUUAAAUGCAUUUCAAAAGAUAGCAAUUCCAUGGAAUAUUUGGAAUGCGUGGUUAAGGAAGGUCUUCGUUUAUACAGCCCAGCUACUUAUAUAGAACGCAAGUUGGAUUAUGACAUUGAAGUUGAUAAUUCCAUUAUUCCAAAAAGCACGAACAUCAACAUUUUCAUCUUCCAGUUGCAUCGCUCCGAACAGGUGUACAAAAACCCACUGAAAUUUGAUCCUGAAAGAUUUUCAGCUGCAAACAGCGAAGGACGAGAUCCUUUGGCUUUCAUUCCGUUCAGUUUUGGUAUUAGAAAUACGCGAUGUUCCAAAUGAAGUGUCUCCUCGCAAAAAUCGUCUACAAUUACAGAAUGCAGCCAAUAUCGCAAGACUUUGAGCCGAAAUUGUACAGCGACGGAAUCUUGAAAUCCAUGAAUGGUUUCCCAGUUAAUCUUACAAAAAGAUGAUACGUUAAAUCAAUUUUUUUUAAGUGUAAAUCAUAACUAAA